CUUGCAACAUGGCGUCCCGAAGGUUGUGAGAUGAGCAGGAGGAUGGUAAAGAACGCUUGAGAAGGAUCCUACCGAUGUAAUAAGCUUCAGGUGGUGCUCGUGUAGGAAGAGAGAGUGAGUGAAGGAAAGAAGGAAGGUGGAAAUGGAACUGCCAAAUCAUGCCAAACAACUGCUGCUGCAACUCAACCAGCAGAGAGCCAAGGGCUUCCUGUGUGAUGUCAUCAUCGUGGUGGAGAAUGCGCUCUUCCGUGCCCACAAGAACAUCCUCGCGGCAAGCAGCAUCUACUUCAAGUCUUUGGUCCUCCACGAUAACCUCAUUAACCUUGACACAGAGAUGGUGAACCCCUCUGUAUUCAGACAAGUUCUGGACUUCAUCUACACUGGGAAGCUCCUGUCCUCGUCGGACCAGAGCAGUGAGCAGAACUUCAGUGCCCUCUUAACCGCAGCUAGCUACCUCCAGCUCCAUGACCUCGCUGCUCUGUGCAGAAAGAAGCUCAAGCGCAGUGGCGGGAAACCACUGCCAGGUAAACCCUCCACUCCAGGUCCCCUCAGCCGCUUACGCCUCAACAACCAGCGCCUUUCCUCCUCCACCCCUGCUGGCCCCAACAACCACUAUCCUCCCACACCCUCCGAUGCCGACCAACCACAGCCAGAUGAAGGCCUUCGGGACAAGCUCUCAGACGAUGAGAUGUACGUUGGCAGCUCUGGGAGGAAUGGGAACGGGGGGAAUGGCAGCAGUAACGGUAACCUCAGCAGUGGAGGAAGUGCUGGAGAGCCAGAUCUUGGACUCGACUUGUCCAAGAAAAGCCCUCCCUCUGCGGGCGCGGUCACUGAUGCCCUCAGCCCACACAGCAAUUCCCAAGAAUCCCCACAAUCUGCCUCAGUAUCCACAACCAACAGUGCCUCACUGGAUGACUCCUCUACCACCUUACCAGGAGUAGACACCGAGACCACAGAGCUCAACUCUUCCUCCAAAGCUUCUGAAGAAACCCAAAACCAGCCUGAUGGCCCCCCACCCCAGAAGAAAUCCAGACAGGGUGCUCGCAAGAAUGAAUGGCCUAAGAAAGAGGCAUCAGGGUUGAAGUCUGAAGACCAAGACAGGCCCCUGGUUAAUGGUGUGAUUGUGGGCCCUAAAGAACGCUCUGCUGGAGGUGGGAGUGGUAGCAGCUUUACCUCUGACCAGUCCUUCCAGUGUAAAGAUGACGAAGAAGGUGUAGAAAACGGCCAGGAGCACAGUGAAGAGAGCGGGCAAAGUGACGGAGAGAGUGCAGGAGGUGGAGGAGGAGCAGGAGGGGGGCAUGGCGCCAACUACGUGUACCGGCAGGAAGGUUUUGAACCAGCAUUCGGAGACAACCUCUAUGUGUGCAUUCCCUGUGGUAAGGGCUUCCCCAGUUCUGAGCAGCUCAACGCUCAUGUGGAGACGCACACCGAGGAUGAGCUGUACAUCAAAGAAGAGGGAGGGACCUUUGUGAAAGAGGAAGAUGAGGAGGAGGCAGAGGACCUCUCUGCUCCUGUUGGCCCCUCUGCUUUUGGCUCUGAAACGCGUCCGUUCAGGUGUACAGUCUGCAGUAAGAGCUACAAAGACCCGGCAACACUGAGACAACAUGAAAAGAGCCACUGGUUGACCAGGCCUUUCCCCUGCAACAUCUGCGGCAAAAUGUUCACCCAGAGGGGCACCAUGACACGCCACAUGCGCAGCCACCUCGGGCUCAAGCCGUUUGCAUGUGAAGAGUGCGGCAUGCGCUUCACACGCCAGUACCGCCUGACGGAGCACAUGCGUGUCCACUCGGGGGAGAAGCCGUAUGAAUGCCAGCUAUGUGGGGGCAAGUUUACCCAGCAGCGCAACCUCAUCAGUCACCUGAGAAUGCACACCUCACCCUCUUAGAAAUGCAUCAAGCCAAAGAACUCUGGGAAUAGAAUAACAAACAUUUCUCUAGCUUUUUUUCCAUCUCAACAGCAAAGAAACGCACAUGUACACGUUCACAAGCAGACAGUUCAGUAAUAAUUCCGGUUUACAACGCCCUGGCUAAGUGAAUGAUGUAGCUGUUAGCCACACAGGGCUCUUGGUGGCGGUGGGAUCUUGUGGAUGCAAGGAUCAUGUCAUCAUUUAUAUCAAGCGAUGUCUGCUCACCUCUCAGGAGUUCUUUGAGGGACACUGACUCCUGUCUCUCUCCAAAGUCACAAAGCCAUUGUACAGUGGCAUGACUUCUGGUCUGUGUUGCUAGUCUGUCAAAUGUGAAUGUGGGUACUGAUAUCACGUCAAGCCCCGACACCUCAUAUCCCUCAGCAGCCUUUUUCUCUUCUACCUGUGAGACUUUUUCAGGUCGCUCCUCGAUCUGAUUAACUCUAGAUGGUUCCCCUUCUGUGCUCCAGUGCUAUUUUGACCAAAAACCCGUGCAAACAAUACUGGCAAUAAUUCAGCAAAAAGAUUAUUUCUACCCUGACAGCUUUAUAUCCUUUGUUAUGUUGGUGAUGGGGAUCUGUAUGUAAGAGGAGGGGUUUGGGACCAUCUCCAUGCUUUAACUGAAAGUUCUGAUAGAAGAUGGGAUGACGUUGGAUUGAGUUUUACAGACAACAAAUACACAAAGUCCUCCUUACAGCUGUGAUAGAGAGGACUUUCUUUGUUUUUGGGUUUUGCCUGCUAGUGCUCCCAGGAGGAAAUCCUGGUUAGAAAGAUGAGGUACUCGUUUUACUUAAAGAACUUGUAAUGUUUCAGUGAAUGUUUAAACUGGAAGGUCUUGGGAUUUUUCUUGUGGAGGGGAGGGAUUUGGGAGGUGGGGGUAGUUUGACGGGGAAAGAAGAGGGUGUUUUAGGCUGAACGUCACGUUCAGUGGGUACGUUUAUUUUUUGUCUGUAUAGCUUUCCUCCCCUCAGAAAAAAAGAAAAGUCUAUCUAUAUAGGCUUGUGACCUUGCUACCUCUGAUUACUCUUACAAACUCUAUGUUGAUUAGUUGAAAGUUCCUAUGUAAUUAAAUGUAAAAAGUGUGUAGAUUAUGGUAACUUUUCACCUGAUGCUUUAACCUGCCCAUCUCUCAACACAGGUUUUUAAUGCUCAUAGAUUUUACACAUUUAAUAUUGUUUUAGCUGUUUCUACUUGUCACAUAUAGCUUUUUCGGGUGCCCUGCUCACUGUGGCCCCACCUCAAAGUGUACUGUAGCUUCCUGCCCGGAGCAAGUAGUGGUUAGUUAGUGUAGAUGUAUAGUGUUCCAAAGAUCUUAUGAAUGUCGAGGAGAACAGAGCUAACUAACAAACUUUGCUAGACAAGUUCAUAACCAAAGUUUUUAAAAAGAUGUACUUAAGAUAUAUAGCAUACUAAAUUAUUUCACUUUUGAUUUUCUUUUUGCUGUAUAAAACAAAUUAUGAAUUAUAUUCUAAGUCCAGGCAAAGAAAUCCACUCUUUUUGAUGGAGUUUUGGCCAAUGACUCUGACACUGAGGAAGGAAAGCUUGUGCUGAUUGGUGGGCCGGUAAGAUGUGAACUUUACCAGUGAGCGAAAGUGGUAAAGUUGAAAAGACAUGCUCCCCCCCGGACAUGUGUCUUUAGUUUGUUUGUAUCCAGAGUCCUUAUCACUUUAUAUUCCCUGACUUUAAAAACAGGACUUGAUGACAUUGUAUGUGUUCUGUUCAGACCAAAAAAAGAAAAAGACAAAAAAGAUAGGAAUUAUAAUCAGAAUUUUAAUGUGAAGUUCAAGUUGCUUGUUAGUUUUUUUUUUUUUUUGAGCCAGGCUUGUGAAAACUUGUAAUAAGAAGGGAGAAGCAGAGAUGCACUGGACAGCUGGACAGCUCAUCGGUCUCCUUCAGCACCCUUAUGUUUCUGAUUGUAUUCCAUUAUACCCCUGAUUGAUUUUAAAUUAUUUGAAACCUCUAAAGCUUUACCUCAUCAUAAACAACCAGAAGGAGGGAACGGCCCCUCUGUUGCCUGUCCGGUGUAUCUUCUUUGAACAGUAACACUGUGGAGCAUGAACCUUCACUACAAGUUUUUGGUAUAGGCAUUCCUCUAUUAUGUUGUUUUAACUGUCCUCUUGAUUUUUAUUUUUUAAAUUUCUCUUUUGUCCUCAUGUUAUGGUCUGUGAAAUGUUCGUUAUCAUAGGGAUGCAGCUACAGUUACACAAACAUCACUACCAUUUUAAGGUACCUGCGUCCUGGACUCCCACACUUGUUACUUGCUUAUGUUGGUAUCUUGCUGUUAAGCAGUUGCUGUUUAGUGAUUGCAUGGUUCAUCUAUGAAUUUUCGCACUCCCCCCCUCCCCAAAACACCCACAUUAUUUAUCGCCUGAUCCAUUGUUGCUUGUGACCUCUUCUAGCUUAAGAGGGAGUCCACAAUGCAUUGCCUUCAAACAUUAUUGUACUUGUCAGCACUUACUGCAGUACAGCAUAAUGUCUGUCAUGCAAACAGUGUUUUUGUACAAGCUCCCUAGCCAUCUCUGCAAAGACUUUGCAGCUGCAUUUGAAUGCUUGCUUGUUUGACAUUACGAAGAAAAAAAUCCAAACUGUGACCAUACUACUACUACUACUAUUACUACUACUAGUACUACUACUACUCAAAUACUUCAGGGAUUGUUCUGCGUCUGUGAAUGCAGACUCUCAGCUACAUUUGUAAGACGUAGUAUUGUAUGGAUUUCUCUGUAUUUUAAUCAUGGGAAAAGCAGAACACUAGUUUCAUAUUUAAGACAAACGGGGGGUACUUUUUCAACUAACACAAAGAGCCUUGACAAAGGCGAGGCAGCUCGAAAACAAGUCUACAUUUUAGUUAGUAACUCAGUAUGUUCAGAAAUAGUUGCGAAGUUGUACAAAGAACUAAGAAGAAAAAAAAAAGCUCAUACCCAAAUCCACAAACUAUUUUUUAAACCAAAGCACAUUUGAAUGAUUAUGGAACCAUGUGUGGCUCUAAAAAAGAAACAUAUGUAUUUAUCUCAUUGUUUACAUAAACUUUAACAGUUUUACAGACCUCAGUCGAGGCUCGGCCAGUCAGAGAGGUGGUUUUGUGUGUAUUUUUUUAAAAGAUGCUUUUCCACAGAGGUUGCUGCCAAAACAAAAGCAUGGCGUCAAACAUGGGGUGAACUGCUGCAUAUUCAAUGAAGGGGAGGAGUUUGAGGUUCAGGGGCACCCCCCCCCCCCCCCCCACCUUCUGCCAGCUGGCUUUUUGGGGGUGACCCUGCGCCCCUGGUCCCCCCUGCCCUCUGGCCUGUCUUCGGAUGGGAUCACAGCUAUGGGGGUGGGCAGUGCGUCCUUGACGUAUUAAUCAAAAGGCAUUGUUAGUCAGGGUCUUUAGCUCAGUGUUGUGUCUCUGUGUUUACCCAAAUGCACUUGAGGACUACCUCUGCUGAUUGGGUCUUUUAAUAUGUAGGAGUGGGUGGGUGAUGCUCGUAUGCUCGGGGUCGUUUUAGUACAAUGGUACAUCUCUUAUGCUGGCGGUUCUUGAAACCUAUCUGGAGAAUGUAGCUUCGAUUUGUUCUCUGCAUGUAAACAGGCUUCUCUUGUAGUCUUAACUGUGAAUGUUAUUGUCGUAUUUCUGCUUUUAUGAUGUUUUGAAACGAUUUUUUUCUAUAGCUGCCUGUGUUCUGUGGGUGAAAAAGCAGCACAAACCUCUGGCUGGCCGGGCCUCAAACAAAGUUGGUGCAAACACUUAUUAACAGUGUUCUUUUUUUAUCAAAUGUCUAUUGUCAGUGAUGAAUGUAUUUAUUUCUGGUCCUGCCCUAACCUCUGCAAAGAUUAUUCUCAGUGUGUGAGACUGAGGUGGAGGCAGGACCCUCUUUUUUGUUUUUGUUUUGAGGAUUUCAAGCUGAGAAUCAAAAAUGAGACACAAAACAUAGCCAUUAACCACAAUCUGUGAAGUUGACUCUUUUUUGGGGGGAUUUUAUUUUUUUCCAACUCAAAGAAAAUGGUCUAUGGCAUUUAUAAUAUCUUCUUUACCUGACAGUCUGUAGGGUUUUUAUCUCAUGUGAUUCACUCUGGGUGUUUUUCACCCGUUUUUGAGUUCUUGCUGAACGACUGCACGCCGAGGGAGUUGAACUUUAACUCCUUGCGUGUGUCUGUGGACACAGGUGGGACGCUGUGACCUGCCUGUGCAAAAAAAAAGGAGGCUACUGUAUCUUCUCCAGCUAGCUCUGUCUGGGUGUUGCCAUGCUGCUGCCAUUAGGAAAAAAAUGCUCUCACACCAAAAAACGCACACAUAACCAACAAUUCUUCUCUCUGCUGAAUGUUAACCACCGUCUACUGUUACAUUGUCUUAAACCACCCGCCACUUCCCCCAUCUCUUGUUCAUGACCUUUGUUUUUUAGUGUCUGUUAGCUCUACAUUGGAGGGUUGAGAUAGCUUUACUAAGUGCACUUUGUAUGUUUUUCAAAGCUUCUGGGAAGGCCCAGAUGCACUCAUAUCACUUCCCAUUUAACUGACGGUUUACUUGUCUUUCCUCCUCUUACCUCAUCAUUGUUCAUGCGUGUUUGUAGAAACAUCAUAUCAGUAUGCAGUGUUACAAAAGCUUUAAAAAAGAAUAUACAAAGCAGGAAAUAUGACCGAGUUGCUAUAUUCGCCUCGGAGCACUCAUGUUUUUCUUCGUUUUAUGGUUGUUACACCCCGUAUGGAUGUUGCUUUCCAUCUUCUUCAGGCGCUUUGUACAGUAGAGGGGCUGGUCUGUCUGGUUUUUACCUCGGCAGACUAAAACCAAAGCCAGUUUAAAAAUGGCCUCCAGUGCCAUUAAAGCAGCUAUAAGCUUUAUUGUCCCUCGCUUUAUCUCAGUCACACCUGACCCUGCUUUAGCCCUUUGACUGUCUGAAAUCUGUCACUGCCCAGAUGACUGUAUCUCCACCCUGCUGCAUUUUACAUUUCACAUCAAUAUUUACUGUACUUCCAGUGAUGUUGACUUAAAAAAAACACCAAAUUACCUCAAAAACUUUCAGUGUUUACACAAUUUUGCUAUCUUGCUAUUACAUCUCAGCAUUUAUACUUUUUUUUUCUUUUUUUUUUUUUUUUUUUGCCGUCCACAUGUAACCAAAAUAUGCUUUCUGAAAGGAGUUUGAAGCGGCAUAACCUUUUUACUUUUACAAACCUUUACAAAGGCACAGUGUCACCUUCAUGUUCAGCCCAUUAAUGGAUGGACAUGAUUAGCUGCUAAAAUAAACGAGUACUUGAAAAGUUGAUUAGUGGAGCUGCCCAUGCAGUGGGUGUAUCAAGCUUCCUCUCUGGUCUCCUUUCUUCAGGAAGAUCCUCUUAAUAAUGUAUCAGGAUCCGUGGGGCUGAGAGGCCCUGGAAACGGACAUGUAGGGUCUUUGCUGAUGAAUAAUUAAAAGGCCAAGAAAACCCCUCCCCCUUCGCAAACACACUUCUUGUGCAAAGGUGUACACACCCAGGUGCACUUUGGUUGCUGGCAUGCGUGCAUGCACAGAGCAAACAUGGAUGCCACCGUCUAGACUUCAAACAUAACCUCGCACGCACACACCAGUGUUUGAGGUGAGACUCUGUGACCCUUUUUCUUGGCUUUUGGCAACACCCAGGCUGGGCUCGCGUUUUAUCUCCACUCCUCAGAGAGCUCGUAUUCAGGUCAGAGCCAUCGUCGUGCAUAGCGACCGGGCUCGCAAACUCAAAGUGUCAUAAAAAUGUAAUACAGCUGACCUCAGCACUCACAACCUUGCAGUCUUAAUGUACAGCAGUGAGGAAAAAUAAACUGUUAUUUUAUGAUCUUUUCAUUAAAAGCUUGAUU